CGGCCCUACAUCAUGGACAACAAUUGGGGCUAGAAACGAUGGAAUCGUCAUUUGAACAUAGAGCAGAACGUAGCCUAGAAAUGGCCCCAAACUUUGAACAUCAAUUGGGGCUAGAAUCGAUGGAACCGUCAUUUGAACAUAGAGCAGAACGUAGCCUAGAAACGGCCCUACAUCAUGGACACCAAUUUGGGUUAGAAACGAUGGAAUCGUCAUUUGAACAUAGAGCAGAACGUAGCCUAGAAAUGGCCCCAAACUUUGAACAUCAAUUGGGGCUAGAAUCGAUGGAACCGUCAUUUGAACAUAGAGCAGAACGUAGUCUAGAAAUGGCCGAACUAGGACUGGAAUCGUCAGUCAACCACAGACAGAAACGAGGCCUCUUGAACGGUCUUCUCUGCGACGUUUCACGAUUGUGCUUGAAUCUGGACCUGAAGGCUAACCUGAACCUUUGUUGCCGCUGCAACAGCCAGGGCACCUACAUCAAGCUCAAGAACGAGUGUCAUCGCAAAAUGGCGUCCUGUCUACUGUCCAGCCUGUCCUCUGGUCUGCUGUCUCCUCUGCUUGGCCUCACUGUCGAUUUGCCAGUCGUCGAUGCUAAACUGUGUCUUUAAUUCGUUCUCAAAACUGAUUCUAACUUCAUCAAUUUGUAUGAAAUCUGUAUCAAGUGUCUUUAAUUCGUUCUCAAAACUGAUUCCGACUGGAUGAAAUCUGUAUCAAAUUUUAGUAACUCAAUAGUCCUCAAACUAAUUCUGUCAGUUCUAUAUUCUGGAUGAAUUUUGUGGAGAUUCAAUAUUUUUCCCAGUAGUCCUCAAACGAAUCAAUAAUUCUGCAUGAACUUUAAAUCAAAUUUGAAAUAUUUUCAAUUGAUUUCAGUGCUGUGUUCCAGUUUUAUUUAUAUCUGAACUUGAGAAAGUAAAAAAUAUGAUUUUUCAACGUGAAAUUGUUGAAGUGUUGAAUUGUUUCUACAACACGGUUUAUAGUUCACUGUUUCCAGACUUAUUUAUUUAUUCAUAAGGAUGUUUGGUUGUAACUCUUGUGAGGUGUGUAGU